AUGUCCUGGCAGUUAUCACUGCUUACGUUGUGGACGUUUCCCUUUCUUUUUCCUCCCUGGUCCACCCUCGCUGAUCUCGACAUUCUCUCCACCGACCGUGCCUCCUUCAACGGCGUCGACAUGGCCUCCCUGCCGGAUGUAGAAAGCCUUCGCAGUUUGGCGCUGCCCAGUGCUCUGGCUGAGGAUGUGACCGCGGAGUCAUUCCAAUCCUCGGUUUGUAGUCCAACGGAUGAAAGACUGCAACGUCAGUGUUUCUCCGAGCUGCCGGCGGACCGGUAUGAAGUGCUGGAGGGAGCUAAUGUGCGGAUGCGUUGUCGAGUAAACAGACAAAAGGGCAAGACACAAUGGAGGGCCCACAGUAUUCUCCUCGAUCCAGGCUCGGUUGGUCCGGGUACCGGCGGCUGCCAGGUUGACCUUCGAAACUACUUCAAAUACUGA